AUGCCAAGACAAAAGAAAACAUCACCUGCUGGAGGCUAUCACAAAGUUAUUUCUACAGGGAAUGGUGAAUUUGCUAAUUACAACAAGGUUGUUCAAGCAUUUGGAUGUACAGGAACUGGAAGAGGUUUGCUGAGACAUUCCAUAAAUGAACCACAAGGCCCCAGAGAGUAUGAAAGAAUGGAAAAUAUUCCAGAAAGACCUUCACCUAGACCCAGAUCAGAUCCAUUACUGACAGAACUCAGUAACUUUAAUGCUGAUUCUGGUUCAUCGCUUCAUGACUUUGAUUCUGAUGACAGAUCAGACAUAUCCGUUGUUGAUAAACAGAGCAAUACCAGAAGAUGGAUAAACAGUGCUGCUUCUUACAUUCCCAGAAGUAAUUAUCAUGGUGCUGGGUUGAUGAGUAGAUAUGGUCUGGAUAAUACGCAGUGCCAUUCUCACCCUCGAGACCAAGAUAUUAUAAUGUCAAGAUUAGAAUAUCAGUUGCAUUUAAAGGAACGUCAACUUGCUUUUACAACCUCCAUAGUUGAGCAACAAAAUAGAUUUUUAUAUGAGCAACUGGAUGGAUUUGUAACCAUGCCACCAAUGAGAAGAAUUUAUGGUGAUAAUAUUGAUAAUAGAAGUGUCAGAAUGAAACCAAAUACAGAUAAGAAUCUGCUUCUUACAAAGCCGGCAACUGCUAAACAGAAGCAUAAGAAAACUAAGAUUGAUUCUGCACAGAAGAAAUCAUCAGACAGAUUAUUAGAAUUGGAUACCAACCAUGGAUCAAAUAAUACAGAGGUUAAGAAACAUACAGAAACAAUUGUUCAAGACAAAAAUAUUAAACCAAGCAAAAAAAAGCAAUAUGAACAAAUACAAUUAGAAAGUAUGUUAAAGAUAGCUGAAGAUAUUUGUCACCAAGGAUGUCCAUAUUGUUAUAUUGAAAGAUUUGGUAAUCUUGAAGAAUAUAGUGACCAUAUAAAACAGAAGUCACAUAUCAAGGUGAAGAAACUAGUAAGAAAGAGAUCAGAUACCAUCAUUAAAGAGCUAAUUUAUAACAACAGUAUGCCAAAUACUGAAAAUGGUCUAGAAUUUAUUCAAACUGCUGAGGGUUAUUAUUGUCAGCUUUGUCAGCUGUUUUUCUGUGAAGAAAUAGAAGCAAAAGUAACUCACUGUGAUACAGACACACAUAAUAUAUUAUACAAGAAUUUGAUAGACAAUUCGGAUGCAAUUGAGAAAGCUUUGGCAGAUGAAAUGAUUAAAACUCAAAAUCAGAACCUAAAUGAAACAGAUUUAAGAGCACAACACUCCUCAUCGCUUAUUGACUCCAAACUCAGUCAGGAUAUAAGGGAUCUAUGUUUAGAUAAACUUGAGGAAGUUCUUGCUGAAAAAGAACAGAUCUCGUUCAGCAAAUCUAAAGGGUGUAAUUCUGUGAUGUUUACUGAGUGUAGUGAUCUUGAAAAGGGAUUUUUUGCUGAACAAGAAGUGAAAGAAAACAGAGAUUCAAGAACCCUGGUUAAGAAAACAAAUAUAUCCUUUGAUACAAUGACUGAUGUGAUACAUCAUAAUCAUAAUCUGUCAACAUCAACCAAUGUUACAGCAUCCAAAUUCAUAAAGACCCAAAGCAUCAGUAACAAAAUGAAUAUGUAUACACUGUCUGAUACUGCCACUACUCAGUGCGAUAUGAAAUUAAAAUAUUAUGGAUUUGUUCAGAAGAAAAAAGAGUCUGAUGAUGAAGAAGAAUCCAAUGAUAAGCGUGUUCUGAUGAUCAGAGAACAAGUAUUAUCAAAUGAGGAUUUAACAAACAAAAAUAAUGUGAGAUAUCCUCAAGAAGAAAGAAAUAUAUUACCACAUUCCCAGAAACCCACAGAAACUGCAACAUCCAGAACAAAUGAGGAUAUUUCAUUACCCUAUAAACUGCAGAAUACAGGUACUCAAUAUGAUAUGAAAUGCAAAUAUUAUGGAUCUUUUCAAAGCACAAAUGAUUCUAGUUCUAACAGCGAUGAGGAAUAUGCUCUGACAAAUAUUAAGGAUAAAGUAGCUAUUGAUGGCUUUACAACAUUUCCUCAAAAUUCUACUUGGAGUCCUCAGGAAUUUACAUCAUCAGAUGCAUUGAUCACACAUAAAGGAGUUCAACAAAGUACAAAUAAAGACAAACCAGUCAAAAUCGCGGAUUCAAAUUGUAUACAGCAUCAAUCAAAAACAUGCACUGAAGAGGUAUCUAAAAGUAAUGAUAGGGCUGAAGUUGAAGCAACAAAUUCAAUUAAGGAAGAAAACCUUAAUUCACAUGGUUAUGACACAGAUUCCGACAGUGUAGUUAAUUCUGAUACUGAUUUUUCUAACACAACAUCAACUAAUAAUGUCAAUAGGGAUAGUACUACUAAUUCUUGCUUGUCAGACGCUGAAAUAGAUAAAGCUGAUGAUUUAAAUGAACUGGAUACUACUAUUAAGGAAGAUUUAUUAUGUUAUAAAUGCUUAAAGGAAUUUGAAGAAACUUCUAUUUUGAGUCCAGGUAAAAGCACUGCUGUAAAAACAGAUGAAGCUGAAAGCUGCUCUAAAAGUCAUGCUUCUGAAUAUCUUGGUAAAGAAUGUACAAAGAAAACCUUAACUGAUGUCAAUGAGCUACCAGAAAAUAUCUCAAAAUCUGGAUGCCUUAGUGAAAGUUAUUUAACUCAAGAUGGCCUUGAACACAUGAAUAGUUUAAGUAAUAAUCAUAAUGAAAAGUCAAAACAAAUUUGUGAUAUUUCUUUAUAUUCUGACUGUGAUAAGCCAGAUGAUCAGCACAUUACCGAGGAACAUGUAAUGGAAUCUGAAAAGAGAAAUAGAAAUAAUCUAAAGCAUAUAACAUCUAUUACUAAAGAUUAUGAUAACAUUUCUGAUAGUACAAAAUACAGCAUAUCAGUCCAGAAAGAUUUAGACCCAUUUCACUCAGAUCUAGACUUAUUGCCCAGCACAAGUUUUAACUAUACCACAGCUUUAGACUUUGAUAUUAAUGGCAAUUCUCUUGUAGAACACAAUGAUUUUGAAGUUGAUGGCUUUGUUGUAUAUGAGGGUAUAUCUUGUAGAAAUAUAUUGACACAAACUUACAGUAUGGUGACACCCUAUGAUAGUAGUUACAUAGGUGAUGAGUAUAAUUUAGUAAAUAGUUAUAUGUGUGAUGAGGAUUCUUUACUAUCUGAAGAGAUUGAAGUUAAAAAUACAGAAAGACAGCCUCCUGACGGUAUUGAGGACAAAAAGCAUAAAGUACAAGUUUAUGAAACCAGCGAGAACAACUGUUUUGUAGCAGGUACUCCUUCCUUACCAGAUAUAAAAUUAAGAGCAGAAGACCUUGAUAGAAAUGAGAUGAGCGAUGAUAUCUCUUACAGUGAUAUUAUUAGCCAAACAACACAUGUUGAUUGUGAAGCUUUAAUUCAUGUCAUUGAUUCUGUUAUUGGAGAGCAGCAACAAACUACUGAAAAGAUGAUCUCGAAUUCUUACAAUCAGCCUCUUGACAUUUCUGCUGAAGAGGACUCUGAUAAAUUGGAUAUGGCCUGUAGAAGAAAUGAACACUUGAAUUUUAGCAACACAUAUUACAACAUUGAAAACAAGGACAACAAAUUAUCUGGAAAAAAGUCACACCACCAAUGUGUAUCAAACAUAGAUAUGCUUCCAGCUUUUUGUGAAAACAAGGAUGAUAGUGGGAUAACAGAUGAUUAUGAUGAAGGCUUUGUGUGCCCUAGAAACUCACCUCAACUCUGGGCAAGAUACACAUCCAAACAAUCUCAUUCUUCAUCAAAUAACCUUGAAAAAGAGAUCAUAAAUGCAAAUUCAGACAUAUGUGAUAUUGCAGAAUGGAUUUCAUCACAAGAGGCUAUCUCCCAUGAUGUUGGGCUUUUCAGUGUUAGCACAAAAAAGGAUACCAUCGAUAAUGUUUGUUUUGAUGAGCAAAGUAUGAAAGAAAUGGAAGCUGAAGGAACUUUUUUUCAAACUAGUCAUGGUGAUAUUGAGGAGUUUGGAGAAAACCCUUCAACAGCUCAGGAAAAUGGAGACCUGUUUGUGGAGGAAACAGAUAUAAUCAUACAAGUACGCAAUUGUGACAUCACAGUUGAAACAAGUGAAACUUUGUCCAUUGAUAUAUGUGAAGAUACAACUAUUGCAUCUUCUUUUAUAGAAAAUCAGAGUAUUGACCUUUUGUCUGCAAAUAAUGCAGAUAAAUCAAAUAGAAAAUAAAGGCUACAUAAAUUUUAAGUCUCGAAGAAGAAAUCAUCUUAUAAAAAUUUUUUCCUCCAUUCCUUGAUCAUUUAUUAUUUUCAUAUACAAAUUAAUGAAAAUUUACAAAUAAAUAAAUCAUAGUUAACUUUAGUUAAGCAUCAGAAAUGCUCAAUCUAGAUUAUGCUUUUCCCUAAUUCCUUAAUCAAUGUUUGAUAUUUUUUUUUUCUCAUGUACCAAUAUUCAUCAUAAAGUUUAGUUUAAAAGCAUCAGAAAUGCUUUGAACUAUAGGAUUUGGUUUGGUUUUGUUUAAUAAAUGUUCAUGUGUUAUUCAUCCUUCAGGAAAGGUUUUGAAAUGAUUUCUUUACUUGUUUACUAAAUAUGUUCUUAUUGUAGACCCGUAUCAGAAUUUAUUCUAUUUUUGUGUCCUAUUUGGUGCCAUUUAGCUUUAGUUUCCAUUUUGUCUAAUUUUGAUUUAUUAUUCUAGUAAAGAAAUAUUAUAGAUUGUGAAUUAUUUCUAUGUUUAUGUCAUAAUUGUCGUUAAAUUUUUUUUAAUCCCGUGUGUCAUAUUUUGGUUAAACCAAUUGAAAUUUAGUGAAAAAGACAUAUCUCUGUGGGUAAAACUGUGGAUACUGUUUAGAUUGAAAUGUCCAGGAUAAAAACAGUCUUAUGCUGAGAAAUUUAGUUUAGCAGGGGCCAUUAUUCGCAAAACAGAAUAGUUUUUGUUUCUGGCAUUUUAUUAUAUUGGAUUGACAGUAGCUGAUGUUUUUUCUGACACCUGUUCAUUUGUACCAAUCUCUGCUUCUGUUUGGGGAUUCUUUAAAGUAAUCUUGAUUUUGGCCUUGCCAGUUUUUAUUUGCCUUUUUCCUUUAAUGUUAAGCUUUUUUGAAACAGUUUUGUUUGGCUCAUCUUCACAUGUAGUUGCCUCUUUCGAUUCCUGAUUUCUUUAAUUCUCUUUGUCUUUUCACAAGAGAUUUAAAUUUCUGUAUUCUAAAUGUGGAGCUGAAAGUAAAGCAUUAAUAUGUAGUGUA